GCACUUCGCGGUCAAAGGGAGGCGGAGGAGGGAGGGACCCGCGCCCGGCGCUCCUCCGCCUUCAACCCCGGGUCCUAUGUUCCCCAGCCGCCCUCUCAAUGCAGGAAGAAGCGGGGAUCCCAGGAAGGCUGCGGGGAUCCGGGAUCCCUUCCCGCCCGUGUCCGGGAAAGAGCCCGAGUGGGAGUAGGGGAGGGUCGGCCUUCUGGAGACCCAGCAGGAGAAGAGAGAAGCCGGGCGGGGAGGAGGCAGGAUUCGCACUCGGCUCCCCGAGGACCCCAUCCUGUCUUCGGAGAGGGAGAGAAGCGGGGCGGCCACUCCAGCUGCCUCCUUCCCGGCCCUGCGCUGGGAUGAGCAUUCGGGCAAGCUGAGUAUUCGGGCAAGUUGGUUGAAGCUUGUUCAGUGGCUGAAUUCCCCUUUCUAAUUCUUGGCUUUUCUUUUUCUUUCCAUCUCAGAUACAGAAACUGGAAGCCAUUUGAAAUCUUUGCAAGCCAAAAGUUUCUCUUGGGGGGAAAAAAGAGCGGAAUAACUUUCAGGGAUCCGUCCUGCAGCCCUAGAAAUGGUCCCGUGAAGGAAAAGGCAUCUGGAGACCCACCAGAGUCCUUGGACCCAUUUGGAGUUGCUCUGCAGGACAGAGAAAGAAUGGAGACACAACCUUUUGCCAAGGAGGGAAGUGGAAAAGGCCCUUCAGCUGCUCAGUCUGGGAAGGGGGGGAAGCUCUGGACAAGACUGGGCAGAAGAUCCUGGAGGAGGAAACCAUCCUCCUUCCGAAGUUCAGUCCUGGAACUUUAUCCAACACUGGGAGGCUGAAGGUCCUCGAAGAUUUUGCAGCCGGCUCCAUGACUUUAGUAGGCGAUGGCUGAGAUCUGAAAAGCACACCAAAGCCCAGUUGCUGGACCUGGUUGUUUUGGAGCAGUUCCUGGCUCUUCUGCCCCCAGAGAUGGAGAGCUGGGUACGGGAGUGUGGAGCAGAGACCAGCUCCCAGGCAGUGGCCCUGGUGGAAGGCUUCUUCCUGAGCCAGGCGGAGGAGCAGAACGAGUUGCAGAAGUCCUACAAUGUGGAGAUCAGAGAUCCUGAGGGAAGGAGGAAUCCAUCAAAUCCCUCUCAGGAGCUGUUUUUCAGGAGGAUCACUUGGGAAGAUCAAAGUCAGGACACCCCAGAAGAGAAACAAAGAAUGAAUUUUUUUCGUUUUUAUAAUGGCGAUCAAGCAGCGGUUGAACCUCCAAAUCAAGAGAGUCUGGUGUCCUUCGAGGAGGUGGCUGUGUAUUUCUCUGAGGAGGAAUGGUCUCAGCUGGAUCCUGACCAGAAAGCGCUGCAUUCAGAAGUCAUGCUUGAAAACCAUAGGAAUGUGGUCUCUCUGGGCAAUAAUGGGCAGGAGAAUCAAGAUUCCUGGAAACUCUUCCAAGUGAUCAAAGCUAAAGAUGGAAUGGAGAAGUUUGGAAUUCGAAUAGAAUUUGAAAGCCAUGAGAAAAACCAGUCAAAUAAUUGGAGUCAGGAAAGCUCAUCUUCCGCUGAUGCUCUAAUGCAACAUUUUCUUGCCCAACAAGAGAAACCAUUUGAUUUUGUUACCACUCAAAAAGUGAUUGACACAAAAGAGAAGCCAUGUAAAUGUUUGGAAUGUGGAAAAGGUUUUAGAAGUAGUGGGCAUCUUACCUGCCAUAAAAGGAUCCGCUCAGGAGAGAAACGGUAUAAAUGCAUGGAGUGUGGAAAGACCUUUGCUCAAAGAGGUCAUCUUACUUUCCAUAAAAUGAUCCACACAGGGGAGAAGCCGUAUAAAUGCAUGGAGUGUGGAAAGACUUUUGCUCGAAAAUGUACUCUUACUUCCCAUAAAAGGAUCCACUCAGGAGAGAAACCAUAUAAAUGCAUGGAGUGUGGAAAGACUUUUGCUCAAAAAUCUCCUCUUACUUCCCAUAAAAGGAUUCACUCAGGAGAGAAACGGUAUAAAUGCAUGGAGUGUGGAAAGACCUUUGCUCAAAGAGGUAAUCUUACUUCCCAUAAGAUGAUCCACACAGGGGAGAAGCCGUACAAAUGCAUGGAGUGUGGAAAGACCUUUGCUCAAAGAUGUCAUCUUAUUCGCCAUAACAUGAUUCACACAGGAGAGAAGCCAUAUAAAUGCAUGGAGUGUGGAAAGACCUUUGCUCAAAGAGGUAAUCUUAUUUCCCAUAAGAUGAUCCACACAGGGGAGAAGCCACAUAAAUGCCUGGAAUGUGGAAAGACCUUUGCUCAAAGACGUCAUCUUAUCCGCCAUAACAUGAUUCACACAGGAGAGAAGCCAUAGAAAUGCAUGGAGUGCGGAAAGACUUUUGCUCAAAAAUGUCCUCAGACUUCCUAUAAAAGGAUCCACUCAGGAGAGAAACCAUAUAAAUGAGCCGAGGUGGCGCAGUGGUUAGAGUGCAGUACUGCAGGCCACUA